AUGUUCAAGAAGUUUUUGUGCAAAUUAGAUCGGAUUGUUGCGAUGAAGUCUCAGCUGGUGGCAGUUUCUUUCCUGAUCUACAUCCACUUUAAUGCCAUUAAGAUUCUCAAUCUUGAGCACCUGGAAGUUUAUUUAAUGAUCAUAGUACGAAUUGAUCAACGUGAUAGAUUGGUUGUUGGUUCAUCACCGUUUACAUUACGGUUUCGAUUUCCUGUCAAUUCAUUUCGUCCACAAGGACUUCCGUUCAAUACUUAUGAUGAAAUGAAGGGUCAUUAA